CUGUUCAAUAUCCUCAACUACUGGCUGACUAUAUUCAGGAUCAGGUACGUCCACCGGCCCUGUCUCCAGGUGAUGGAGGCCAUGCUAGUUGCCGCGGUAACGGCGACGGUGUCGUUCGCCAUGAUCUAUUUCUCUAAUGACUGUCAGCCUCUCGGACCUGACCAGUCAGAGGACUACCCUCUACAGUUGUUCUGUGCGGAUGGAGAGUAUAACUCCAUGGCAACGGCCUUCUUCAACACACCCGAGAGGAGCGUCCGCAGUCUCUUUCACAACCCACCAGGUUCCUACAACCCCCUGACUCUAAGUCUGUUCACGUUGACCUAUUUCUUCCUGGCCUGUUGGACCUAUGGCCUGACUGUCUCAGCUGGAGUCUUCAUCCCGUCUCUGCUCAUAGGAGCAGCCUGGGGAAGACUGUUUGGGAUACUGUUGGCUGCUAUCACGCCCAACGGAUCGGUUUGGGCCGUUCCAGGGAAGUAUGCUUUAAUGGGAGCUGCAGCACAACUGGGGGGCAUCGUAAGGAUGACUCUCAGUUUAACAGUCAUCAUGGUGGAAGCAACAGGAAACGUGACAUACGGUCUCCCCAUCAUGUUGGUGCUGCUGACGGCCAAGGUCGUAGGGGACUACUUUGUGGAGGGUCUGUAUGACAUCCACAUCAAGCUGCAGAGUGUUCCCUUCCUGCACUUGGAGGCCCCUGCCACCUCCCACUGGUUAACAGCUAGGGAGGUGAUGGGUGCCCCAGUCACCUGUUUUAACCGUAUAGAAAAGGUUGGCACCAUCGUGGACGUCCUUAGCAACACCUCCACCAAUCACAACGGCUUCCCUGUCGUCGUGCCGGUCGCCGCUGGCGAUGAUCUGGGGAAGAUCUGUGGACUCAUCCUUCGUUCUCAGCUCAUUGUUCUGCUCAAACACAAGGUGUUUGUAGAGCUGGCUCGGUCCAGGUUGACCCAGAGGAAGCUACAGCUGAAGGACUUUAGGGAUGCCUACCCCCGCUUCCCCCCCAUCCAGAGUAUCCACGUCUCCCAGGAUGAGAGGGAGUGCAUGAUGGACCUGACAGAGUUCAUGAACCCUACACCCUACACCGUACCACAGGAGACGUCUCUUCCUCGUGUGUUUAAGUUGUUCAGAGCUCUGGGUCUCAGGCACCUGGUGGUAGUGGACAGCGAGAACAGGGUUGUAGGUCUGGUGACCAGGAAGGACUUGGCUCGCUACCACCUGGGGAAACACGGACUGGAGGAGAUGCAACUGGCUCAGACAUGAGCACAUCGUACUAUCAUUACUACCACACACACACACACACACACACACACACACACACACACACACACACACACACACACACACACACACACACACACACACACACACACACACACACACACACACACACA